AUGGAUCACGGACCAGUCCAGGGAAAAGGAGACCAUGACCCACAAGAGUCGGUGAAUGCCAGCAGCUCUGGGAGUACUAGUCGGACACCGCAAUAUGGCAACAGAGAGUGGUGGGUGGUUGUUCUAAACAGCAGCAAGCGAGGAGUAGAAAAAUACGAUGUGAAGGUAAAGGAGGACACAGGUUCGACGGUCAAUUGGAUUCACCCUCAUGUUAUCGAGCGCUGCAAGCUCGACUCCCUAGUCGAGGCCUGCGAGGCCCGCGACUUCCAGGAUAUGAAUGGCAGGAUUUUCAGUUGUGAGCAACGCGCAUCAAUAACGUGGUUCGGGCGAGGGAGAAUUACCUUUCAGGAGAUCUUCUUCGUAUCAUCUAAGAAGGCACCGAUCCAGAUGGUGUUGGGAGACGAGUUCGUGACCAAGUAUGGACGUGCAAGCGAGAUUUGCGCGGACGCGCCACGGACUGGAGACGCGCGCAUGUACGUUGCGACAAAGCUGACGAAAGAAGAAAGAGACAAGAUGAAAGAGAACUCGGCAGCACACAAGCAAAAGUCUGCUGAAGUGAUCGCCCGGAGCCAAGAAAAGGCUUCCAGGAGUCAUGGAGGCGAGACAAAGAAUAAGGGGAACUCGUCUGAGAAGAAACGGGCAUCCUGA